UCCUAUGCCUGCUGAGAGGUGCAGCUUUGAGUCGAUGUGUACUGUUCAUUCUUCUGUUUUUAGUCACGCCGUGUGGUUGGUUGUGCGUUGUUCUGAGAAGUUUUCGUCAGUUGUGUGCGUCUCUUGCCUAUUUUCUUGUUCGUGUGUGAUAUUUACGGGUUAAAGGAGACAAGGAAAGUGAUUGAAAGAAGUACAUUGUGAAGUUUUUAAUACAAAACACAGAUUGAAUCAACAGUUUUUUCUUCGCAGUGGAAAAAAACUCGAAUUGUCCUUUCACUUCGUACUGCAAGAAUACACUUUGCGAAUAGUAAAGCCGGUUUGUUACUAUUGGAAACACAACAUCUUGUUUGUGAUAAAAUUAACAUUACACGUGUGUGUGAAACACUUGCAAUUUUUUAAUUAACGCUGUUGUAUGAUAGCAGCAUCGCAUUGAAUUGACGCUUAAAAUGGUAUUCAUGAGUACUCAACAAAGUCCUGCCAAUUUGCAAGCUAGUGUUGAUCGAGAAAAGAUAUAUCAGUGGAUUGUGGAACUGUCAAAUCCAGAAACCAGGGAAAAUGCUCUUUUGGAACUUAGUAAAAAGAGAGAAGUUGUACCUGAUCUUGCACCCAUGUUAUGGAAUUCCUUUGGCACUACCGCUGCUCUUCUUCAAGAAAUAGUGAACAUCUAUCCUGCUAUUAAUCCAGCAUCUCUUACUGCUCACCAGUCAAAUAGAGUGUGCAAUGCUCUGGCUCUACUGCAGUGUGUUGCAUCCCAUCCAGAAACACGUUCUGCAUUUCUGCAAGCCCACGUUCCAUUGUUUCUUUAUCCUUUUCUUCACACAGUUAGCAAGACAAGACCUUUUGAGUACCUGAGAUUAACUAGUUUAGGUGUCAUUGGAGCACUUGUUAAGACUGAUGAGCAAGAGGUGAUCACCUUUUUACUGACCACUGAAAUCAUUCCUCUUUGUCUCCGAAUUAUGGAGAGUGGCUCAGAAUUAUCCAAAACUGUUGCCACAUUUAUUCUUCAAAAGAUUCUUUUGGAUGAUAGUGGUCUUUCAUACAUCUGUCAGACAUAUGAUCGUUUCUCACAUGUAGCAAUGAUACUAGGCAAAAUGGUGCUUUCCCUUGCAAAGGAUCCAUCAGCCAGAUUGCUAAAACAUGUGGUUCGGUGUUACUUGCGUCUGUCUGACAAUCCUAGAGCUCGUGAAGCUUUACGCCAGUGCCUACCUGAUCAACUGCGUGAUGCUACUUUUGCCAGUUGUCUUCAAGAUGACAAGUCUACAAAGCAUUGGCUCUCACAACUCUUGAAGAACUUGGAAGCUGGACCUGUGACAGUAGGGGACCCUCGUAAUGUUGGAAUCUCCCCUUUGGCCCCACAAUAAAUGAAAGAAAUCUUGUAAACAUUUCGCCAUUUUCUCACUAGAUUGAAGACCAAAGAUAAUAUGGGUACUAUAAAUCAUUCUUGAGAGAUGAUUUGGGUACUUCCAAAUUUGUUCAUGUUGUUACAUUGGAAUGUACAGUUAAAUAUUUUUGCAAUAAAUUAGCUACUACUUUCAUGAAAGUUUUAAAAAGUCAGAUAAAUGGGGCCUAAAAUUAUGGGAAUUGGCAAUUGUUGAAAGAUAUUGUGAUAGGUUUCUACUAAGAUGUAAUGCAUGUACAAAUUGAUUUAAAAAAGCGAGAUUUGUAAGAUUUUAAUAUGUUGUACAGAGGUAAUAUAUGUGUGAAUGUAUGUAGCCGAGGUAGUAUUUUUGAAUGACAAGGAGUUGGUGCACAAGAUGCAGAUAUGAAAAGAAUUACCACUUAUGGCAAUAAGGAAGAAAAACAAGUUAAAUGAAAGUAUUUAAAAAAGAUUUUAAUUGCGCUUGUGCAGUGACCAAGGACUCUUCUGGAGUUAAAUGGUAACAUGCUUUUUAUUUUACUAGGAAUCAUUUCCUAAUUUUAAAUACAUUCAGAUUUUUGCAUUUGUUUUUCUUGGUUGAUUACAUUUUACAUCAAUUUCAGUUUCUCUGUGUAUGUUUAACAAGAUUCCUUUACCUUAGAUUACAAAUUUGACACAUUGAGAUACAUUGUUAACGAGUAGAGUAUUGAAUUAUUAUUUCCAGAAAAUGUAUGUUAAAUAUUAUACUUAACUUGAGAUCUUCCAUAAGCCAGGCUUGUUUCAUUUUUUAGUUUGGGUUGUUAAUUGUUUUAAUAUAUAAAGAUUUUGUGAAGCAGUGGUGUGCAAUUGUUUCUACAGUAAUAAUAGUUUUACUUGUGUGAAAGAAACUUCAAUGGACAGCAUUUUAGGAGUACAUGAAGUUUUUUAACUUGAAAUUUAAUGUAAGAAAGAAUAUUCAAAAUAUCCUCAAAACGCUAUGUGCUUUGAAGUAUACAUUUAGCUUUGUACCUCCAUUGCAAACCAAUCCAGAUCCGGGAUUCUUAUCCUUACUGCUAGUACUGUGCCAUGAAAAAUUGGAUGCUAUUGAAGAGAUUCGGACAGUGACUGGGAUUGGGACAGUGUGCUGGUUAAUAUGAAUUUACACUUUUUGACAUAGAUUAAUGAGUUGCAGGCAUCAAUUUAGAAAAAAUGUGUUGACUUGCCUGGUAUUUCAUUUGCUGUGGACACUGAAGAGAUUUUGGAGAAAGAAAAUAUUUACUACUCUCUGAGGAAGGGGUACUACUAAUGUAUAAACUAAACCCAGAGCUUAUUUUGAGGAUUCUUUGUGGGUUCUUUCCUUUAUUAAACAAAUACUAAAAAUGUGCUUGUGUGGGUGAUAUGAAUACUUCAAUACUGUGAAAGAAUUGGCUCUUAAUUUGCCGUGACAAUUUUGUGCAUUAUGCUGGUUAUUGAUAAUGUGAAGAAUUUUUGUUAUUAAUUUAAGUGAUUGUUUUGUGUGAUAUGAUAUGAAUAUGUAAUAGAACAGCCAUAUGUAAUACAAUUGAACGACUAUUUAAAAGAGCAAAUGCUGAAUAGUUGUGAGUUACAAGACUGCUAAAAUGACUGCCAAGUAAUGGUGUACUUCCUGGUUCACUCUUGCAUAAUGUAGCUUGUACAUAACUUGCCUUUAAAAUCUCAUUCCAUAAAAAUUUAUUCAGUAAGAAAGAAAAAUAUGUGGUCACUUAGCUGACAUUUCUGCAGGAGAGCCUGGAAAUAAUAUAAUGGGAGUGGAUUUGCAUCAUUGGGUCACAGUGAGUAACAAACUCAAUGGAAAAUUGUUUUGAAAUUGAAUUGGGUAUUGCAGAACUAUUCUGUAAUAUUUAUUGUAACCUUCCACAUUCCUGUGUCUGUCUUGAUUUUGUCAGCAUAAUUAACAUUGUGCACCUUUCACUUAGUUGUCUUAGUUCUAUCAGAGGAGUUUGUAUUUUUUUUUUCCAUUGUUUCUUUUGUGUAUCAGAACUUUUUAAUUUUAUUUGUGCUAUAAUUAUAUGUUGUAUAAUUACAUAAUCAGAAAAUUAUGUGACGACUUACUGAGUUAAUUUCUUUGAUGCAUAAAAGAUGGAGCACAAUACGAGCAAAACUUUCAAGUGAGUUGCAAAUUGUUUGAAAGUUGCAGAAAAAAAUAAAUUUUGUAUAUAUUAAAAGUUGCAUACCAUUACAUUUUGGUACUGCCAUAUGUGGUUUUGGAAUGUGACUUUUUACUGUGCAUCUUCUUAAUUUUAAUAUUGUAUGAAACAUCACAAAGUGGUUUUAAAUCAAGGUGCACUGUUUUUACUGAAAAUGUUUUGCCUUAAUUUUGAAAAUAUUCUAAGUAUCUUUAAAAGUUCAUUGGUCAAAAGUGCUUUAAUGUAAGUUCAUCAGCUUUCCACAUCCAUCAGUAUUUUAUUAAUUAAAUUACUUGUAAAUAAUCAUUUACAAAUGUCAUGCUAUCAACACAGAAUGUUUUAAUGUGUGCUAGUAAAAAUUAAGAUGAAUGUAAUUUAUUUCAUACUUAAAUUGGUGAUUCAUACUUGUAGGAGCUGCAUUAUAUCAUAGGUUGACUGCACUGGGAAGAUGUUUUUUGAAUUAUUAAUAUUACUAUAAAAAAAUUACUUGUAUUCAAUAUAGUGUAUUACAUAUUUCUCUCAUUUUAGUUAAUAAUCUUGGAUAUGAGCCUAAGAAAAUAAUGUACUUAAUAUUCAUUUAUAGUAAUGUGUUUAGACAGUGCAGCUUAACUAUGAUAACCUGUUUGUUUAUUAUCAGUAGCAAAUUUGCAGCUAAAUGUUAUGUAUUGCUAGGUGUGUAAUGCUUUUGAGUUUUGAGGUUGAAUCUGAAUAUUGUUAAUGGUGCUAAUACCAAAAAUGUACCUGUCAGCCAAACAUAAAUUAUUAUUUAACUUCGGAAUUUCAAGUCUGUCUGAAAUAGGUCCUUUAUUAUCUAAUAGUUAUAUAUUCUCGUAAUCUGCAGUGUGAGGAAUAACUCUCUGCAAAUUCAAUUGAUUUUUAUCUUUAUUUAGUUGUGAGAAAUUUCUUGAAAUAAUUAGUAUGUAAAUCAAUUCUAUUGUUAUAUUUUAUAUUGAAGACAGUGAUGUAUAGAGAUUUGUACUAUACACACGUGGAUUUUUUUCUAAGAAUGGUACCUCAUGAAAUAUUUAUUGAUUUUGAAAUGAUUUUGUCUUCAUUGAUUUUUUGUUUGUUAUGAUUAUGAAUUGAAAUUAUAUAUUUGCUUUAGAUUAAACCUAUUUUCAAUUGCUAUAAAUUUAAAAAAUUACAUUUUUGUAGCCUUAUUUACAUUAGCUUUAGAUAAUAAAGGAUCUGAAAUUAGCAUAUUUGUGAUUCGUUACAAGAGAAUUAAUGCGGGACUAUAGUGAUUUGUAUUUCCUAAUUUUUGUGUAUUUCUGAAAAUAAGUGAAAAUAUAAAUACUUGUGCAUACAGUUUUGUGUUGUUCUUUUCUGUUCUGUAACAUAGGUAUUAAUUUUUCAAGCUACAAUUCUGUGUAGCAUUUAAUUUAGACAUUGAAGUUGGAGAGAUUCUCUUAUAUCUGCUGUUGAAGAUGCAAACAUUAACCCCUAUCCACCAACAUUAUACUUCACUGAUUGUAGCUAAUCAUAGGCCGG